AUGAGAGUUCCGAAGUUAUUGAAGUCUGUGAGGUACUGUCUGGCAGCCGUAAAUAGUGUGUUUUUGCUCACAGGAAUACUUCUAUUGAUACUCGGUGUAGCGACUUUGUUAACAUUUCAUAAUUACUCAUUAUUAGUGACUUAUACAUUUUUCACUUUAUCUAAUUUUGUGAUUGCUACUGGUGUGAUCAUAAUAUUUGUGUCAGCUCUAGGAUAUUAUGGAGCGGUAUCAGAGCAGUUUCUUUUUAUUGUUGGGUACGUCGUUCUACUUUUCGUGAUACUCGUAUUUGAGAUCGCAAUCACGACGUUAGGAUUUAAUCUGCAAAACGAUGCGUCUAGAAUUAUUAGAAGACCUAUGACCCAGACUUUACAAUUAUAUGGAAACAGAUCGGAAAUUAAUAUUACCUGGGAUAACUUGCAAUCUGAUUUCCAAUGUUGCGGUGUAGUCAGUAUUUCUGACUGGCCUACAGGGCGUCUCCCUGUGAGUUGUUGUCACAUAGACUACGGCACCAUAUCACCGUUUGAGUGCACAUCAAGUAAAGCUUACACUGUUGGCUGUGCGUCGGCUCUUGGUGAAUAUCUCAGCUACCACGCGUACGUUAUUGGAGUAACUGGCGCGUUUGUCAUUUGUUUACAGUUCGUGAUCUCGAUGAUAGUGAUGUUCAUCUUUCAACUGUCCGCGUGUAUCGCGGGGUAUGUACUGAGAGGGAGUACUGUGGCCUUGGUUCAGAGCUCGCUGCUAAGCACCAUGGACCUCUAUGGGCCUAACAAAAACUUCGAAGUAACGAAGCUGUGGGAUGAAAUACAAACUGAUUUCACAUGCUGUGGGGUGACGAAUUCUAGUAACUGGUUAGUGCCUCUCAAUACCACGGAUUCUGGUGGUGUACCCAUCAGCUGUUGUAAGAACAUCCCCGGUACAGUGACCACGUUCGUGUGUAACACAGCCAGCGCGUUCACCACAGGCUGUUCUGAAGCUUUCGGUGCCUGGGUUCAGGAUCAUGCUGCCGCUAUUGGCAUUACCGGGAUAUUCCUCGUCUUAAUGCAGGGUCUAGCGGUUGCUGGUGCUCUGUGGCUCGCGAACAUUGCCCGUCAAGAGAGAGAGUUUCCUUAA